CAAGCUGAAGGGUCACUGCAAGUAGACUGGGGUCUCGUCUCCUGAUCUCCUUGUGAUGUGACUGGCUGCUAAUCCUUUAGCCUAUGGAUAGCUUGUUCUGCUUGCACAGAACAGCUCAUACCUCCUGCUGCAAAGAAAGACCAGCACACGGAAUGAGCGAGGAGAAACCCAAGAAGGGAGCCCUUUACUUCAUAAGAAUGAAGCCGCUGAAAGAGCCUGUGAACCACAGUGUUUCCUUUGUAAUUCAGUGCCACAUAGGCAAGGAGAUCAAGCAUAUUUGCAGCAACUGUAGCCGUGGAGAGGGAGCUAAAGAUGCUGAAGAAGUAGAGAGGCUGGCUGCAAUGCGUUCCGAGUCACUGGUCCCAGGGACACACACGCCGCCCAUCCGGAGAAGGAGCAAACUAGCAACACUAGGGAGGCUAUUCAAGCCAUGGAAAUGGAGGAAGAAGAAAAGCGAAAAGUUCAAGCAGACAUCUGCAGCUUUGGAAAGGAAGAUCUCCACUCGUCAGAGCAGGGAGGAGCUGAUUAAACGAGGUGUGCUGAAGGAGAUUUUUGAAAAAGAUGGAGACGCUCCUGUGCACAAUGAAGAGGAGGUAGUAGAGAAUGGCCAGGUCCGGACAUCACGGCAGGAAGAAGGGGAGCGUGAGCCAGAGUUGGGUGAAUCCUUAGCAGAUGACUCAGCCCAGUGUACAGAGUCAGUGGACAAUCCAGCUGCUGAAGAGAGUCCCACUGACGGUAGAGCAGGAGUACCUGAGCAGGACUCAUCAACUAAACCAGCCCUCUUACUUCCUGCCAAGAAGUCUGUAGCUUUCCACUGUGACAGUAAUGAAACGCCUGCCAAACAACAGUCCCAAUCGAAGCAGCCCCCUGCCCUGCCUCCGAAGCCACUCACGAGAAUCGCCCAUCAUCUGGCAGGUUUCCCCACUGCCUACACCAUUCCUCGACUAAGAAGACAAACAGACAGGCAGGCAGCCUUCUCCCAUGACUCUGCCCUUUGCACUUCUAAGAGACCAGUGGGGCACAUGAGAGCAAUCCGGGAUGCUGGCCAACCCGUGAAGCUGCCUUGUAUGCCGCCUGUGAGACUGUCACCCCCUCUACCGCCAAAGAAAGUAAUGAUAUGUACUACAUCACAGGCAGCUGACACAGCCACCAAUUCCUAUUCUGCAGCACAGAAAGUCACCCAGCACCCUUCCCAGCUACACUUUGGGAGUUCCCAUUCCUCGGCCUUAUCCGGUGCGAUGCCUCUCCAUCCUGCAGUCCCCACAAGCAAGGUGAUAGAAGAACUCAACAAGACACUGGCCUUGACAAUGCAGAGGCUGGAAAGUUCAGGAUUGCAUACGGGAGAAAGUGGGAUGAAAACAGGAAAAAGCAAUACACCCGACAUCCGACAAGUGCCAACAGUGGUGGUUGAUUAUGAUGAUGACAAAGAAAAUGUGCCUAAUGAAUCGGACUAUGAGGACACUUUCAGUAUGCACGGGGAGGAAGAUGAAGAGGACGAGGGGGAUAAUGAUGAUGAUGACGAUGACGAUGAUGACAAUUUUUUCACAAGUUCAUUAGCAUUAAAAGUUUGCAGGAAAGACUCCCUGGCCAUUAAACUCAGCAACAGACCAUCGAAGCGUGAACUGGAGGAGAAGAAUAUCAUUCCAAUGCAGACUGACGAAGAGAGGCUUGAAAUGAGGCAACAAAUAGGCACAAAGCUGACAAGGCGAUUAAGCCAGAGGCCAACAGCAGAGGAACUGGAACAAAGGAACAUCCUGAAACCAAGAAAUGAACAAGAGGAAGAAGAGGAAAAGCGAGAAAUUAAAAGACGGCUUACACGGAAGCUUAGCCAGAGGCCUACCGUGGAGGAGUUGAGGGAGAGAAAAAUCCUUAUCCGUUUCAGUGACUAUGUGGAGGUGGCUGAAGCACAGGACUAUGACAGACGUGCCGACAAGCCGUGGACAAGACUGACAGCUGCUGACAAAGCUGCAAUUCGUAAAGAACUUAAUGAAUUCAAGAGUACUGAAAUGGAGGUGCAUGAAUUAAGCAGGCAUCUAACGCGGUUUCAUAGGCCCUAGCCAUUAAAAGUGCAGAACCACAGUGAGUCUUACAAAAACCUGAAGUGCUAGGACUGUACAGGUGCCCAUUUAUCCCAACUGGGACAGAACUCUUCUUAAUUGCCUUUGUGUGUCAGAUAUGUCCAAUAAUGGAUGAGUCUUCAGUUGUCUACCAAUCUCCUCGCCUUCAAGAAUUGUCGUGUCCUUCCUGGGAUUUGAUCAGAUGUGCCACAUCCAUGAGCUGAUGCUGUAUUUAGACAUCUAGUACUGUUGUUGACUGUUGUCUCGUUCUUUCUUGUUACUUAUUGCACUGGGUGGUGCAUAAGGAUGAAAUCCCCAUCUCUAGUACACUUAAUGCCAUUCUGUCUGUGAUGGAGGUGAGACAGCAUACUGCAGUUAUUUCUCCAAAAGAGCUCCAUGAAGUUCUCUCCAGUUAAUAUUGCUGAACUUCUACCACAUUAUUGCUUUGUGAUCUUAACUGAGGCAGCAGCAUCCAGAAUACCGGGCACUGGCUUGACCUAGAGGGAGAAGGUAUCUCUGAUAAACAUUCUUCAUUCAGCAGGUCUGUGGGAAGGGAAUUACCUGCACUAUAUGUAGCAGAUAUAUUUAUUAAAAAUAUAAAGUAAAUAAAGUGACAUAAUAUUAACAAUAAGCAACAAUGUCAAAAUUAUAUCAAUAACAAGCAGAAAUGCAGUUAACAAUGAUCUGAUUGGAUGCAGCACAGGUAGCAGGUUGUCGAACUACAGACAGAAGGACAUUCCUGCGAUGGGUUUCUUCAUUGCACAGAUUGUAUAUAUUGAGUUUGCAUAUGCAAGAAGCUUCUUCCACAUCCAAUUUGUUUGACUAGCAGGAUGAAUAUAUUACACUUCCAGAUAACAAACUUUCUGAAAUUAUGUAGGAAUAAUGCUAACAGUGUGAUACAAAGCAAGUUCAUAUUCAAUUAAAGCCUGUUUCAGCAACUUGCAACAAUGAUUUUAUCCAAAUCAUUGGAGCAUUGUUUUGCAUGUUAGGUUGGAUUAUGGAAAGGUUAAACAAGUGUCUUUUUUAAUUUAAGGAAGUAUAUAAUGUAACAUAUUGAAAGAAGAGGCCUGUAACUUGAUGAUAAUUUGUAUUAUAUGUUACACAUAUGGCUACAUUUUUCAAGAAAGACUUUCUACCCACAUGGAGAGCACUACUUUGUGUAGGGAAUUAAGUGAAUGGCAGUGUAACUCAAAUGAGCCAUCCUUUUGUGUACAGUGAGGAAUGAAUGGUGACUGUGUACCAACCCAGGCAAUAUGUGUGAAUGGGAUGCCGCCACCAGGCAACAUCUCCCUUGAUGGAACAUUUUCUAAUGUUUCUUACGUACAUCAUCCAGAAUAUACUCCAUGUGCCCAAUUAAUCUACUUUCUUCAACCAUCAUGUGCCAAUUUGAUUUUAUAUAACGUGGCUGUAUAACCAGUGGCCUUGACACUUAAACCACACAUAACUAUAUUACAAAUUCUUGAUUUGGCUUUGAUUAUUACAGACUUGAAUCUUUUUUUUGUGAUUUCUGUUAAUAGAAAAGAGAUCUCUAGCAAUGGGCUAAGUAAAAUUACAAGAGAUGGAAAUCCUGCCAUUAAAUUCAAAAGUGUCUUCAAACUACUGUUGCACAUUUACCAAAUACUACUAUUACUAUUUUUCUCUCCCAGCAUUUUAACAAGACCUACUACAAAAUCCAUAUAACUACUGUUGAUGUUCUACUCCUUCCUACUGGAACAUUUUUUACUGCGUGUAUUAGACAAACCAUUCAGCAUCUUUGCUUCCCUGUUAAAUCAUCAAUUCCUCCGUAUUUCAAAUGAUCUGAACAAACAGUGUGAAUUAAUGUGAAUGUUGAAUACCUGUACAUAAUUGUCUUUGUAAAGGAGUGGAAGUUGUGACUGUUGCCCUGUGCUCUUCCAGUUCUGUAAAUUAAAUCAAAGUUGAUGUAUGAAAACUUGUAAAUAACAUAAAAAACAUUUGACACUCUAAUAUGGUUUGCUCCAGGCUUUGCCAUCUGUACAUACUGAAUCUGCAUGUUAUUGUAUAACUUAAAUUACUGUCUACAAGUUUGUUUCAAAUGAUGUAUACAGUUUCUUAAAACUAAAUUUUAUUUAAAAAGAAGUUUUUUUAGUCGUUGGCAUUCAACAACUGUUUUUACACAAAAGGGGCUUCAAUUUAAAUAGUUUGGUUAAAUCUAAUUUUGCUAAAUAAUGAAAUAACUGGUCCCAUUAAAAGUUAAA